AAGGAGAGUGGCCCAGUUUGUGCGCCCAUUCGACUUGUGCGUGAACCAGGAAGCCAAAGUUCCUGGACUGACAUGAUGGGACCGAGGCCCGCAGUGGAGACCAACAAUGCCGCUUUUCGCCCGCGUGAGUCCGACACCCUUCUGGACGGCGAGAAGACCGGAACGGCGCUGUUUCUGUCCGGGGUCUUCCUCGGCCUGGUCGGCGUCACCUUCACGGCCAUGGGCUGGCAGCACUAUCGGGCCAGCCUCCACUUUCAGUGGACCCAACUGCUAGGCCCCAUCCUGAUCUCGGUCGGAGGUUCCUUCAUGCUAACCAGCGUCUGCAAGCUUAGGAUCAUCUCCUGUGGGUCCCACAGAGAGCAGCGGGAGGAGGAGGUAUUCGUAAUCCCCGUGAGGCAACAGACCUCAGUGGGGCAUCCUUUUGUUCGAGGCAUAAAUCAGACAGUCAUGUUACAAGGCGCCACAACAAUGCUCUGCCUUCCACCCGCUUAUAACUAUAUUACUCGUGACUUACACCAUGAAAAUGAGUUCCAGCCCCGCAGCGCUGUGAGCGGCGCUCACGCAGCCCUUCCUCCAUAUGACGCGGUGUACUGUGUGGACAGCUCUGCUUUUACAGCGGAGGGGGAACCCACAGCGCGCAGCACAGGAACGGAGCCUAGAAGAAGCGGCAUUCAGAAGACAGACGUUGAAAGAGAAUGUCAUGAUGACAGUGUCUCCACCUGUUCACUACCACCUGCAUAUGAAGACAUCUAACCCAACAGAAAAAACAUCUAUCUAUCUAUCUAUCU